GAUUCCCUCAGUGCUAAUAUUAGCGGCAAUUUGACGCCCAUCCACUAGCCCGCGUGACUGUAGCCAAUCGCAUGAGAGUGUUCCAUGUAUUUCGGCAUACUUCCUACAUUUCCGCUAAUCAGCGCCAUGAUCAGAUGAACUAAGGCGGGGCUUGUCGACACCAUAGGCGGAAUCUCCCGUCAGUCAUACAGUGAUUUGACAUUGAAAGUAACGGAGUGCUGGAGCGCUCGUGAUGCUGUGAGCAGACUGUAAGCAUGGAUGUUUCGGCUGUGUUGUUCUUUUACGACAUUAUGUACAAUCCACGUAUAGAUCAUCUCGACACCUGAACACACGCUUUCUGAUCUGCACCAUUAGCUCAUUUCUUCAUCAUCAUGGAGGGCCAGUAUGUGUCCAUCCACGGCCUUAACGUCACCCACAGCCCUCUCGGAGCGCCUGCCAUGUCCAUAGAGAAGCUUUUCCCUGCCCUGCUGGAGUGUUUCGGCAUCAUCCUGUGUGGUUAUGCGGCGGGUCGCAGUGGCAUCAUCAGCGCAGCGCAGGUCAACGGUCUGGGCAGUUUCGUGUCGUGUUUCGCUCUCCCCGCGCUGCUCUUCAAGAACAUGGUGCAGCUGCAGUUCCAGCAUGUCGUCUGGUCUUUUCUGUGGAGCGUUUUGAUCGCAAAAGUGUGCGUGUUCUCUUUGGUGUGUGUGUUGACGCUGUUGGUGGCAGAUCCUGAAAGCAAGUACAGUAAAGCUGGGCUGUUUGCUAUCUUCGCCACGCAGAGCAAUGACUUUGCUCUGGGAUAUCCUAUAGUGGAUGCGCUGUACAGGAGCUCUCACUCGGAGUAUGAGCAGUACAUCUAUCUGGUGGCUCCCGUGUCUCUGAUGCUCCUCAACCCUGUGGGCUUCGCUUUGUGUGAGAUCCAGAGAUGGAGACACAGCAGUGAUCUAAACUACAGCAAACUGCACGUCAUCUUCACUGUCACACUGCAGGUCUUGAAGAACCCAAUAGUCUUCAUGGUUAUUGUUGGAAUUGUCUCUCAUUUUGUGUUUGGUGGACGUGUGCCUGUUUUACUGGGAGAGUUUGUUGAUGGACUGGCAGACUCCUUUGGAGGGGCGGCUCUCUUUUAUCUGGGCCUGAACAUGGUGGGACAGAUGAGCAAACUCACGCGUUCCACUGGGGUCUCCCUCAUCCUGCUCAUCACUGCCAAACUACUGGUUAUGCCUCUGAUGUGCAGAGACAUGGUGGAGCUGUUGGAUGCUGGUAACUCCAGCUCAGCCAAUCACUCCAGCUUAUCUGAUUAUGCUUUCCUUUAUGGAGUUUUCCCCACCGCUCCCAGUGUGGCCAUCUAUGCUGCACAGUACAACAUGGAGCUGGAUGUGGUGACCUCUGGUAUGGUCAUCAGCACGUUCCUGUCGGCACCCAUCAUGUAUGUGUCAGCAUGGCUUUUGACCAUUCCAUGGAUGGAGGCCUCAUUCCUGGUGAAGGAGCUACAGGACGUCAGCUUUAACAUCAGCAUUGUCUGUCUGAUAGCACUGGUUUGGACCCUUGCCGUCAUGCUACUCAGUAAGAAGUUUCGGAGGCCACCACAAAUGUUUGCCACAAAUCUGUUUUUAGCACAGCUCCUAGCUUGUAUGUCGAUGCUCUUUUGGAAGUUUGUCCUAAAGCAGGGCAGCGUGUUUGGCCAAAUUCUCACCUUUACACUACUUUACGGGUCUCUCUACAGUACCUACAUGUGGACAGGUCUUUUGGCGUUCUCGCUUACUUUACUGGGCAGAAAUGAAAACUUGAAAGUGAAACCCAUCCUGUUCAUCAUCUUUGGAUGGGGAAUUCCUUUUCUGACCGUGGGUGGGCUGCUCAUGAUUGGUCAAAGAAUGAGUGACAGCUUAGACCCCGCCUUCUAUUAUGGCAGUGGGCAGAUUGUUUCCACCGUGGUCGUUUUGGGCUGCAGUAUUGUGCUGGGUGGUCUGUCUCUAAUGGGUUUAAGUCGGGGGGCUCAGGAGGAGCAGAGCUAUCAGGCCCUAGAUCAAAACUCCAUCACAGGUGCAUCAGAAAAUUCCAGACACCUCCAGACAGAGAACCAGAACUCAUCUGAUGUGGAUCAAACACAAACAAGCACAGAUGUUUGUUGCAGUGAGCCCAUGCCAGACAUGAUAGCCGGACAUCUGAAUGACUCCCCAGUGCCUUCAGCAGGGAUUGUCCUGAGUGAGGCAUCAAGCUCUUCGCGUGUGCAGGAGGAGAGGCAAAUUGCUCGACAUGUGCUCCUCUGUCUGCUGCUCAUCGUCAGCAUGCUUGCUAACCUGUCCAGCUGCCUGUGGUGGUUGUUCAGUGCUGAUCCAGGACGACUUUACCUCGAGCUGCAGUUUUUCUGUGCUGUAGCCAAUUAUGGACAGGGCUUUGUUUCCUUUGGUAUUUUUGGGUUGGAUGAGCACCUUAUUAUUCUUCCAUUCAGAAAGAGGCUGGCGGCUCUGUGUGGUUUCAGUCAGGAGGAAAACCUUGAGUCUUCGGCUGUUCCUGAGGAAAUUCGACUGACCUGCACUCAGUUUGUGAGAUACCACAAAGAUCAGUGCGUUCAGGAUAUUGUUCGCAACAGAGGGGGGUCUUCUGAAUCUCUCGGCGGACCUGUGGGUGAAUCCUUCCUUUGAUUGACAGGAGUCACUGUUAUUUAGGCAGUGCAUUCAUUGGCUUCCUCUUGUAUGUGGGUGUGGCUAAAGUAAAAGUUGUGGCCUUGCUUUCAGGACACAGUCGCAGAAGAACAAUGUCUUACAACACACGAGUCUUCAAACUACCUGUGAUGCUGGUUCAUAAAAGGAUGAUGUGCUCAGUGUCUCCGCAUUUGUGAUGUGACACAAGCCCAAGCUGGAACUAAAUAGACUGAAUUGUGUAUCAGUAUGUGUUGUACUUUUUAAAUUACUAUGCAUGGCAUGCAGAAAGCACAGACGUCUCCCUUUACUCCCAUACCUGCACAUUCAACAGCCUUGCUCUGUUUCAAAUCUAGUGAGUUCCCUAUUGAGGCAGCAUUUAAAGGGUCACGAAACACCAUGAGAUGUUGACAGUCAUAUAUGUGUCCCAUGUUGCUAA